AUGGCGACGGCCUUCCAUGUUUAUGUCAUAAACAACUUGGGAGACGACACAAAUCUGACCGCGCAUUGCCGAUCGAAGGAGAUCGAUUUGGGCACUCGGGUCUUGGAAUUCGGAGCGGCUUUCGAUUGGGACACCGAUGUCCCGAUCGGGCAUGUGGCCGAGUACUGGUGCGACAUGAGCUGGGCCAGCUCCCAUGGAGAUUUUCAGGUGUUCUACGAGCCGAGGGAUGCCGUAAGGUGUGGCGACGAGAAGUGCUAUUGGCGCAUCGAUAGGGAUGGCUUGUACCUCUACAUCAAAAGGGAUGAUGAUUACGAGUUACAAUUUCGCUGGCCUUAG